CUCAACGCUUGUUCCAGCAUCUUCUGCUCCCGUUGCCAUGGCUUCAUCCGUCAUUCCUGCGCUGAGUGUGAGUCUCUGUGCACUGGCAUUCGUUCUCUACUGCAGUCCGGCAGAGGCUCAGGCGGACUUAGCAUUGGACUGUUGCCUGACGGUUAGCUAUAAAUCCAUUCCUAAACACAUCCUCCUUACUUACCGGAAGCAGUUUAAAGGUGACGGCUGCCCCCGUGAUGCUGUUAUAUUCACGACCAGGAAAGGUCGUAACCUUUGCGCCCCGCCUGCCGCUGAAGAGCAGUGGGUUGAAGAGAAUAUCAAGUUUCUGGACACUAGGCUCAAGAACUGCAAAGAAACCAAAUUCAGGGAGAAACGCUGUCAUGCCCUGAAGAAUUUGACUAUUUGAGUGAACACACACACACACACACACACACACACACACACACAUUCAAUGGCAGCUAACAU